AUGGUGAUGGCGAAUCCACAUGAACCUCAUUUCUUUAAGCCGCUGCUUCCUGGUUUCCACAGUGGCGUCACAAUACCACUUGCCUUCUUCUCAAAGCACAUAGAAGGGAAGACGAACCAGAAAACAUGGAAACUAAGAUCAGACGCUUCAGAUGAAACUUGGGAAGUGAUACAAGAAGGCAGGAGACUCACCAGAGGUUGGAAAGAUUUCACCACAGCACAUGACCUUCAAAUCGGUGACCUUGUCAUCUUCAAACACGAAGGAGACAUGGUGUUUCAUGUCACUCCUUUUGGUCCUAGCUGUUGUGAGAUUCAGUAUACACAUCCUCACAUCAUCAAGGAAGAAGCCGACGCGGGUGAUGUUGAUGACAAUGAGAUUAGAGGAACAUGGGCAAUGUCUUCUUUCUCCUUCGACUACUGUUUUUUGGCUGAGGUCACUGCUUCAAAUCUAAAAGCAGACAAACUUUAUCUUCCUAAGCGAGCUACGAGUUCUACUGCUUUGAACAAACAAUGCCAAGAGAUGAUACUAGUGAACAAAGAGGAAAAUUCAUGGACUGCGAAUUUGCGAUUUAGCGAAUCAGGCGGCAUAUGCGACAUAGGAGACUUAUUUGUGUUCAAUCUGGUUGGAGAUGGGAAAUCUACUCCAUUGUUGUGUGUAUGUCCGGAAAGUAAAGAGUGUUCUGAACUACUGAGCAAACACUUGAGCAGAAAGCGUGGUGACAUUGCUUCAAGCUCACGGGUGAAUUAG